UGACUUUUGACAUUCGUCAAUUUUGUGAUGGCCACGCUUGACGCUUACCGUAAAUUUUGUAUUUUUGUGUUUUCAAUUUUGGAUUAGAUUGAAUCGCGACACCGCAAGAGUAACAUUAUCCUUUGGAACAGGCAUUCUCUUCAAACUACCUGCACUCUUGCAUGAUUUGAAAUCAACGUGGUUUGGUGGAGCCCUAUUCGAAUUUCAAGAUGACUUUGGGUACCUACAACAGACAUCAGGCUGAACGUAAAAAGCAGGCAGCGUUGGCGGCAGCGUUUCCCCAAGGAAUACGCUGCCAAAAGUGCCUCGAAUAUGGUCAUUGGAGCUAUGAAUGCAAGGGAAAACGCAAGAUCCUCGUGCGGCCAUCGCGGUCGCAGAUUUUAAAGAAGAACUUGAAAUCGAAAGAGGAAAGUAGCUGCAGUGAUGGUAAAUGCACAAUACCCAACAAAAAGAAGCGUCCCAAUGGCUCAGAUGGCUCAGACUGUUCCGACAGCAGUUCUUCGGGCAGCUCGUCCGGCUCGGAAUCAGAUAGCUCCAACUCUUCAAGCAGUGGCAGUGACAGUGACAGCAACAGCAAUGACUCUGAGAGUGACAGCGACAGUGGAAGUGGCAGCGAUUCCGAGUCUUGCAGCGAUUGUUAAUUUAAAAAUUAUUAUCUUUGAAAUGUAACUAUGUGUGUAUGUGGAACCUUUUGAACAUAUUUUCUUUAGGGAUUUCUCACUUAAUUUUUGUUAUAGUUAUAAAUUAUUUUUUAUACAGUAAAAAUAUGUUAUAAAGACAUUCAAGGGACCCUUAUAUAUUUUUUCAUCUUACCAGAUCAUUCAGGAAGGAGGUCCUAAAAGAUGAUCACUGUACUGUUAUUUUACAAUGGUACCGACUCUUACAUUUUGAUCCAUAUGACUUGUCAAAGUGUAUGUAACAGCUAAUAUUUUUUCACAUUUUAAAGUUUUAUCUCAUACGUAAAAUGUGUUUGUAUUAUAACAGUACCCAUAUUGGAUUGGCUUUUCUGUAUGACAAUUAUUUUCUUUUUAACCCCAGAUGUGAAAAAAGGGUGUUAUAAACUUAACAUUUGUGUCUGUGUCUGUCUGUUGCCUUGUAACAUAAUUUAUUUUAUUUGAAAGCCUUUUAUAAGCCAAAGUUUAUUUAUCUGAAAGAUUUUUAUUUAAUCGAGAUGUUUCUUAGAUAUGUUUGAUGAAAAUCUGUUCAACCAUUUGAGGAUUAUCAGCUGUUAUCUCAGUCAUCUAUUUAAAUUACUUGUACUUAUCUUAUGGACUCAAUCCUGACUACAAUGCAAUGUUAUGGUAACCCAACUAUUUUGAUGAUUUAAAUUUUUGAUUUACCCUUGGUCUCACUAAUCUAUUUCAAAGGUUCCACAUUUUUGCCAGUAAAGUUCAAUGUCCAAUGCUGGUCAUUUAAGAGUAAGAUAAGAGAUUUUUCUAUGACAUGUUAAUUGAACAUACUGGCAAUGUAAUUAUAAUUUUUUUAAUAUUUUGACUUUCAACGUUACCUGAAUACUGAUAAACAAUUUGAUUGUAUGAUUCUAUGACUUUAAGCGCUCAUACCAGGUGGGAGUGGUGGUGGCCUGCGUGUAGUUCAAACUUUUAAUAUUUAGAAGAAAUUGGAAAGAAGAUGCGAGGCCUUGACCUAAUCAGUAGCGGGUGCCGAAUGGCAUGGAAAGUUUGGCAUCGUGCCCGCUCUGCAGGAUGCACCCACUCCAACCUGGGAGGAGCUCUAAUUGACUCUAGUUAUAUUGUAUUAGUCUUGUAAAAAAGUUGUUGUAAGUUAUUAAUAUAUUGUAUUGUUUAUUAGUGUAAUGGUAAUUAGUAUGUAUUUAGGGAAGGAAGAUUUUUAUAUUUUCGUGAUCAAUUAUUAUUAUUAGCAUGAAUGUUUUAACAAUGUAACUCCUAGACAUAAAAAGCAUAGUAUUAAAAGCUGUAAAAAAUA